CAGUAAACAGACCUCCCACCCUCGCCCAAAAAAAAACAAGAGCUGUAUAGGUGGGGAGGCUUUUUGCCAGGGGGAUGGAUGGAUGGCUUCUCUUCUCAUUUCCCUUUCUCUUUCUUUUACUAUAGCGGGUGAUUUGCGGUUCGGAGACUUAUGGGUUUGGAGGCCGUUUUGUAUUUUUAGAUUCGUUUUCUUUCAAAAAGGGGCUUCGGAGAUGCCUAUGUUUCAGCCCUCAAAGAGGGAUGCAGUUGUUGGGUAUGAAGGCGGUGGAGAUGGGCAUGUUCUAGAUUUGGACACUGCUGUCAAAGAUGGGAUUUUGGGUGGUGUUGACGCUGGGUUUGUUGGAGCGGCUGUAGGAGAGAAAUUGGAUCUGAAGAAGAUGAUUGAAGAGCUCAACUUAUCCGAGGUUCCCUCGGUGUUUAUUUGCCCAAUAUCGCUCGAACCAAUGCAAGACCCUGUGACCCUUUGCACCGGCCAAACCUAUGAGAGGUCCAACAUUCUCAAAUGGCUCGGUCUGGGGCACUUCACCUGCCCCACUACGAUGCAAGAGCUCUGGGAUGAUUCGGUCACGCCGAAUAAGACCCUUUACCAUCUAAUUCAUACUUGGUUUACCCAGAAGUAUUUGCUCAUGAGGAAGAGAUCAGAAGAUGUACAAGGAAGGGCGUCAGAGCUUUUCGAGACACUAAAGAAGGUGAAAGGUCAAGCUAGAGUUCAAGCCCUCAAGGAGCUCCAACAAGUUGUGGCAACUCAUGCCACUGCCAGGAAGAGAGUGAUUGAUGAAGGCGGUGUUGCUAUUCUUUCAUCAUUGCUGGGUCCAUUUACAUCCCAUGUUGUUGGUUCUGAAGCCAUUGGGAUUCUUGUGAAUUUGAGCCUGGAUUCAGAGUCGAAAACAAACUUGAUGCAACCUGCAAAAAUUUCAUUAAUAGUGGAUAUCUUGAACGAGGGUUGCAUUAAUACGAAAAUCAAUUGUGCCCGAUUGAUUGAAACGUUGAUGGAAGAGAAGGAUUUCAGGUCAGAGAUUGUUUCAAGUCAUAGCCUCCUGGUUGGUUUGAUGAGGCUGGUGAAGGACAAGAGAUAUCCAAAUGGAGUCUUGCCCGGACUUAGCCUCCUUAGAACAAUAUGCUUGCAUAAGGAAGUAAGGGGGUUGAUUGUCAGCAUAGGGGUUGUUCCUCAAUUGGUUGAAUUGUUGCCUACUCUGGAUUUUGAUUCCUUGGAAUUAGCCCUUUUUGUCUUGGACUCAUUGUCUACUCUACAGGAGGGAAGAGUAGCCUUGAAGGAGUGUUCAAACACCAUUCCAAAUAUGGUGAGGCUAAUAAUGAGGAUUUCAGAAACCUGUACUCAAUAUGCACUGUCAAUCUUAUGGUUUGUCUGCAGUCUAGCCCCUGAUGAAUGCUCCUCAAUUGCUGUGGAUGCGGGGUUGGCGGCAAAACUCCUCCUUGUGAUUCAGAGCGGUUGCAAUCCUGUCUUAAAGCAGCGGUCUGCAGAGCUUUUGAAGCUGUGCAGUUUAAAUUAUUCGGAUACAAUCUUUAUCUCCAAGUGCAAGCUUACAAGAACUAUCCAAUGAGUAUAAAGGGCUUGCCACAUCUAAGUCCAGGAAUCUCGUAUUAACCCCAGCAGAUGUGGUGGGGGUUUCAGGUGCACUCGAUUGCUCUCCUGUAUAUAUUGAGGUGCUUCAUUUCCGACAAUUGAUUCAUCAUAGAAAUGAGGAGGAACAAAAUGUAGGAAACAACCCACCUUGGUGUAAAGAGUCAAAUAAACCCCGUCAAGAAGAUCAUUAUAUAAUAUUGCAAUAUUUGCGUUGGGGGUGCAUUAAUAUGAGAAGAAAAAUAUUGUUGUUGGGAUAAAGAUUCUUGUUAGGGGAGGAGAAUUUGGAGCUCUUGCAACUCUACUUCUUAAGUUGUUGCUUUGCUCCAUAUAUGGCUUUUUUCUUUUUUUUUUU